UUUCCUCCGCUAACCAUGGUAUGGGCAAAUCACUCCGUGGUGACCGAGUUCACUCUUGCAGGGUUCAGUGGUCGCCCUGACCUGCAGGAGGGGCUCCUUGUGGUGUUCCUCACCAUGUACCUUGUCAACCUAAUGGGAAAUGUGGGGAUGAUCCUCUUAAUCAAGUGUGAACCCAGGCUGCACACCCCUAUGUACUUCUUCCUAAGCCACCUGUCCCUCCUGGACAUCAGCAUCUCCUCCAGCAUCACCCCAAAGUUCCUCCUCAGCCUCCUGGCAGGGAGCAGAACCAUCUCCUACGCGGGAUGUCUCACUCAGCUUUACUUCUAUGUCGCGUUUGGCACAGCAGAAGCCUUCCUCCUGGCCACCAUGGCAUACGACCGCUACGUGGCCAUCUGCAACCCGCUCUGGUAUGUGUUGGUGAUGUCCCGGGGACUGUGCCUGCGCCUCGUGGCCGGCUGCUAUGCUGUGGGGGCCCUCAACUCCUCCGUGCACACAGUCGCCAUGCUUCGUCUCUCCUUCUGCGCCUCCGGCCUCCUGGACCACUUCUACUGCGAAGGGCCACUGCUCGUUGCCCUCUCGUGCUCUGACACCAGCAUCAACGAUACUCUGAUGCUCGUCUUUGUCAGCUGCAUUGUGGGCACCACCAGCAUGGCCACCCUGCUGUCCUACGGCCUCAUCCUGGCCGCCGUGCUGCAGACCCGCUCCCCUGGGGCCAGGCGCAAGGCCUUCUCCACCUGCACCUCCCACCUCUCAGUGACUCUCCUCUUCUAUGGGGCGGUCGCCUUCAUGUACAUGCGGCCCGCAUCCAGGAGGUCAGUCAAGCUGGACAAAGUGGCUUCCAUGUUCUACACCGCCGUCACCCCCAUGCUCAACCCCUUCGUCUACAGCCUGAGGAACAAGGAGGUGAGGGAUGCCCUGAGCAGGGUGAGGAGGAAGGCGCUGCUCGUGUGCCGGAGACAUCAGGGCGGCUUUUAGCUGGGCACGGCCAGGCUUUGCUUUCCAUGAAGCGGGCCUGGAGGUAGGGGAAGGCGCUGGAGUGUUG